UGCACAAUUCGUUCACACCUCUCAUUUCCUUUAUAUACAAUUCUUACCCCCCAAAUCACUCCACUCUUCAUUCUCCCUUAACCCCCCUCUCGGAUCUCACUCCGAUUUGGAGGGAAACACUCCCGCCAAAAAAAAAAAAAAACUCAUCAUCCGAGAAUUAACCAGACUUGGUUUCAAACUGCAAUCUUAUUAUAAAGAUCUUCUUUACAUGGAGGUCGAUCGUACGGACGGUAAAACAUCCGUACGAUCGGCUGUGAAAUAUUCAGAGCACGUGGUAACAAAGUCUGGACACCGUGAUCCGAACGAUCGGCUGACAAAGCAGCAGAUCGUACGGAUCACGGUGACAGAUCCUUACGCUACGGAUUCAUCCGACGACGAGGAUGAACGAGCGUGCAAGCGUGUGAAAAAACACGUUACGGUGAUCGAUUUCACCACUCCAUCGCGAAACUUUUCUCACAGAGCCAGUGGAUCAACGGUGAAGAAAUUCAGAGGCGUUCGCCGGCGUCCGUGGGGCCGGUGGGCGGCGGAGAUCCGUGAUCCUCACCGGAGAAAGCGAGUUUGGCUCGGAACGUUUGAUACGCCGGAGGAAGCUGCGACGGUUUACGACGACGCCGCCGUGAAAUUAAAAGGUGCUGCAGCGGUUACUAAUUUUCCACGUGUCGCCGUUACGAGAACUGUUACGGUUGACAGUCAAAGUCAAAGUCAAACGGCCACCAGCACUAGUAGUACUACUAGCGAAAGUGAAGGGCUGUUAACUAACGACGGUAUGUCGCCGACGUCUGUGCUCCGUGGUAACGGUGAAAUAACGGCGUUUGAGGGUUUAGGCUGUGCUGACGUGGAUAUUCUUGGGUUUGAUAUUGACUUGCCGUUCAGUUUACCGGAUUUUUUGGUGUCGGAGAAUUAUUGUGGUGAGGAGUUUGCCGAUUUUAAUAUUGAUGAUUUUCUCGUUGACUUUUGAGAAAAUUAUUAAUUAAUUAAAUUAUAAAUAUUUGUAUAUUUUGUUUUAAGUGUUAAUUUUAUAGGAAUAUUGGGGUAGUAUGGUAAAUUUGAGUUGUCUGCAGUGAUGUACGGAUGGGAGUAUAUUAUAAUGAGUUGAUAUUGUAUAUUGCAAUUUUGUGUAUGGUGUCGAUGAAUUGGAGACAUUUAUUGGUAAAGUAAAUGUAUUUGCGUUUUAUAAAUGUUUUGGUAUGCUAUAUUUGCGUUAUUUAAUGUAUUAUUGAGUAUAUUUUAUUUAA